AACCACAGUCAGUUGGAGAAUAGACGUACGCGCGCGUGGUUGGCCGUCUUUUACUUCCAUAGUGGUGUAAAGCGUAAACUUACAAAAAGCUUACGAGGUGAACGGAAAAUAUCGGAUACGCGUAGAUUUGAAAUUUUUACCGGAAGUCACUCCUUGCAACAAUAAUGGGUGUUUUCAUACGUUUUGCGGUCGUGGCUGUCGCGUUUCUACUUGCCGUGCUCUUACAAAACUAUCGGCUACUUUCUCGUUCCCUCCCAGCACCUAAGCUGAACGAUACCGAAUAUUGGGGACCCGGAAAUGGUGUCAAUUAUCAGGAAGAUAGUGCGGUGAAGACCUUUGAUAUUAAAGUAAAACCUGAGCUCAUUGCUGGUCUGAAAACACACUUGUCGCGCCCAUUGAAUCUGCACGCACCACUGGAAGGGAUUGGCUUUCAAUAUGGCUUCAACACCAAGGAGCUACAAAACAUUGUCACAUAUUGGCUUGAGACAUAUCUGCGAAAUUGGGAUAAAAGGGAAGCAUAUUUGAGUCAGUUUCCACAUUUUGAAACCCAAAUUCAAGGUUUGCGCAUACACUAUAUUCACGUGAAACCCCAAAUAGCGGAAGGGAAAACGGUACUCCCAUUAUUAUUACUCCAUGGCUGGCCUGGUUCUGUGCGCGAAUUCUACGACAUCAUUCCAUUACUUACAAGUCCAAACGAAGAAAGCGAAUAUAUUUUCGAAGUUAUUGCACCCAGUUUGCCAGGUUUUGGUUGGUCCCAGGGCGCUUCGAAAAUCGGCUUUGGACCCGCUGAAAUAGCUGUAGUUUUGCGAAAUCUUAUGCAACGCAUUCUGGCGCAUGACAGAUUCUUGGUGCAAGGUGGUGAUUGGGGCUCUGUAAUUGGUUCGAACAUGGCUGCGCUCUUUCCACAAAAUGUAUUAGCUUAUCAUUCCAAUUGGUGUGUCUCUUUGAGUCCUCUCGCUCUGGUCACCAAAACGCUGCGUGCUUUGUUUCCCAGACUUUAUCUUGAUUCAGAGCAAAGGGAAUUCUUCCGUUCUUUCAGUGACGAAAAAUCAUAUCUACUUGAAGAAACUGGCUAUCUACAUUUGCAAGCUACAAAACCUGACACCAUUGGUACCGUCCUAUCACAUAAUCCUAUCGGUUUGGCUGCAUAUAUCCUGGAAAAAUUCUCAACCUGGACAAAUCCAGAAUAUAGAAAACUUUCGGAUGGCGGUCUAACCAAAAAUUAUACAUUAGAUAGUCUGUUGGACAAUGUUAUGAUUUAUUAUAUUACUAACUCUAUAACAACAUCGCAACGCACCUAUGCGGAGGCGUUUUCUAAAACACAAACUGACCUCGAUCGCGUUCACAUACAAACACCAACUGCGUGCGCGCGUUUUAAGUGGGAUUUAACACACGCCACGGAUGCUGAACUUAAGCAUAAAUAUAAAAAUCUUACCCAGAGUACCUUCUACAAGGAUGGCGGGCAUUUUCCGGCACUAGAAGUGCCACAAACACUUUUUAAGGACUUUAUUGAGUUUGUUAAAAAAGUAGCCUUAUAAUUUUAUGCAAAUGGCAUUUUUUAAUUAAGGUGGUCAAAAAUAUUUUUU